AUGUUGCGCCGGUCUUUCCAUUCUAGUAGGACACUUGCUCAACAGACAUGGUCCGAUUUCUCCAGACGGUCUGCCUCGCUGGGCGUGCAAAGUAAGGCGGUGAAGAAGUAUCUGUUUGAAAACAGCAAGACAGGACCCCCAUCGCUCAAGAAACGGAGCAGCAGGCUGAAGUACGAGUCGCCAGAGCACAUGGACGAGAUGUUCAAGAUGGCUUACGAAUACCUGCAGCUGCGCGCGCAGCAAAAGUAUGAUGCGCAGGCGUCAGAAAGCGAUGCCGCGCGGAAGGUGCAGCUGGAAGUGGAGGCCGAGCUGCACAAUCCAGAAGUCAAGUACAACUUCCAGUUCCACGACAAGCGUGAGAACAACCCCGCGGUAAUAGACUAUACGCAGCCGGUGUACCGCCACCUGGGACGCAAGCACUGGGAGUCGUACGGGCAGAUGCUGCUAAUGCAGAGGCUGGAGACGCUGGCAGUCAUCCCGGACACACUCCCCACGCUGGAGCCACGUGCCGACGUCCAGAUCAAGUUUCCGUUCAGCACCGGUGUCAACAAGUGGGUGGAGCCGGGCGAGGUGGUCAGCACCAACGUCACGUCCAUGGAGCCCGCAAUCAAGAUCCAGGAGUUCGAUCACAGCCUCGACGCCGAGCAGCAGCUGUACACAAUCCUGAUUGUCAACCCCGACGUGCCGGACCUGGAGGCAAACACGUACAGCACGUCGCUCUGCUUCGGCCUGCAGAACAUCAAGAUCGCGUACAAUGACAACCUCGUCGACCCCCGCCGCUACGGCCCUGAAAACGUGCUGGCAUCUUACCUGCCUCCUGUGCCCGAGAAGAACGCUGGCACGCAGCGCUUCGCCGUUUGGGUGUUCCGCCAGCCCGGGCCUCUCCCCGCGGGCGACGCGCUCUCCCGCGAGCACUUCGACAUCCGCGCCUUCACCGCCCUACACGGCCUCGACGCCGUCGGCGCGCACGUCUGGCGCUCUGCCUGGGACAGCAACACCGCCGCGGUCCGCGAGCUCUACCGUCUCCCUCCCGGCCGCGUCUUCCACCGCGUCCGCGCAAACCUGUAA